CAGUUUUGAGACUGCCCGAUCUUUCGCUCUUCAUGGUGCUCAUGUGAUCAUAGCGUGCCGAAACCAAAGUCGUGCCAUGAAAGCAGUGAGUCUGAUCACCGGAAGAAUGGCGCAAAGCCCGUGUUGAAGCCAUGACGCUGGAUCUGGCUUCCUUGAGGAGCGUCCGGGAGUUUGCAGAGAUCUUCAAAGCCAGGAAACUGCCGUUGCACAUCUUAGUGUGUAAUGCAGCGGUUUGCACGCAGCCCUGGAAUUUAACGGAGGACGGGCUGGAAACCACCUUUCAGAUCUGUCAUCUUGGUCAUUUCUACCUGGUUGAGCUCCUGCAGGACGUCCUGCGGCACUCCGCUCCGGCUCGUGUGGUGGUGGUUUCCUCAGAGUCUCACAGGUUCACAGAUCUGGUGGACUCGUGUGGGAAGGUGGAGCUGAAGCUGCUUUCACCUCCGCAGAAGGAGUACUGGUCAAUGCUAGCCUACAACCGUGCCAAACUCUGCAACAUCCUCUUCUCCAACGAGCUGCACCGCAGCAUGUCGCCUCACGGCGUCACCUGUAACGCACUGCAUCCUGGGAACAUGAUGUACACCUCCAUCCACCGCAGCUGGUGGCUCAUGACCCUGCUCUUCACCUUUGCUCGACCCUUCACCAAGUCUAUGCAACAGGGAGCGGCCACUACAGUCUACUGCGCCGUGGCUCCAGAGCUGGAGGGUAUCGGAGGGAUGUACUUCAACAACUGCUUCCGUUGCUUGCCCUCUCCGCAGGCCCAGGACCCCACGGCAGCCGCCAGCCUGUGGGAACUCAGCGAAAGGCUCAUCCAGGAGAGAUCCACCCCCACUCAGGUGCUCUGACCCCUCCGGGCCCCAUGAUCCCCGUAGGGUCACCUACAUGAACGUCACAGCUACAUAGAGGAUUCAGGCAUAAGAUAAUCAUUGUUUGAAGGGGCAAAAAAGAUGAGAAGAUGCAUUUCUAAACUGUACAAGGACGUUGGCAAUCAAGCUUGGAAGUUAUCUGGGAAUCAGGAACUAGAACCACACGAGCUGGGAUUUCUACAGGAGAUAAAGAGAUGCAGAGAGACAGCAAGAGACUCAAUUCAAUUGUGUUUCUCUUGUUCUCAAAGGCGUAGUCACUCAAUCCUGCAUUAGGGUUUAACUAAGUUUAGAUCACUCUAUAAAUGUCUCCUUAACAAGCAAUAACAUUUGAGCUGUCUUUAGAGGGGGUCUAUAUGGAUGUUUACGGAAUACAAAUACUCUUCUGUUUGGAGAUCAAUGUCAACCUUUACGUCUGUACAGAUAAAAAUGUUGAAUAAAUGUUGUAAUGGCAUAACCUAUAAAGACAUAAUGCAGGAAAUGUACAAUUUGUGAACUAUUUACAAACAUGGUGUCUUCACAUUGAUAAGAAUAAGCCUGUAUUCAUAUCCUGUACACAAUAUACACAAGAUGCUGUUCGGAAAGAAUUUGAAUGCUGUUGUCUUUAUCCCAUCUGGCUAGAGCCUCCCAACCACCUUUUCUAAAAUGCUGGGCUAAUGUGAAGUACAAACAAUACAGCAUCUGGUACGAGAACCAGAGGGCCAUCAGUGGCAGAGAGACAGAAAGAGUUUAAGUCCAUGUGGUCUGGAAAUAUCUGGUGGAAGUUCCAUUUUGAAUUCCUUUUAUUGUCCGGAUUGCAUCAUCAAACAUGCAGGGAUGUUUCAAGACUUUCCAAAUUUGUUUUCAUUGUUGGCGAGACGUCUGACUGUAAAAUCAGGGUAGAGUCAGUAGAAGGGGAUUGUGGGUAAAGCUGAGGAAUGGCACGCAGGUUGAUAAAGGGUUUCUGAUUUCUCUUAAGCCUCCAUCAUCUUCCUCAUCGUUGUCUUCAUCAGGGGUGGAUUUUGGAGAGGUUGUGCUUUGUGGCAGUCUUGGAGCCGUGGGUCACCCUAAGCCAGAAGCAUUCCAGUGUUACACUGUCUGUAAAGAAAGAGAAA